AUGAUGUCCUGGAUCCAACAGGCGCUGUUGGUUUUGCUCCUCCCCACGCUGCUGGCACAGGGAGAAGCCAGACGGAAGGGGGCUCCCCAGGCCCGCAACAACACCCUGCCUGCUUUGCUGAGGCUGUCCGAUCACCUCCUGGCCCACUACAAGAAGGGGGUGCGGCCUGUGAGGGACUGGAGGAAGCCCACCACCAUCUCCAUUGACGUCAUCAUCUAUGCGAUCCUCAGUGUGGAUGAGAAGAAUCAGGUCCUGACCACUUACAUCUGGUACCGUCAGUUCUGGACUGAUGAGUUUCUCCAGUGGAAUCCCGAGGACUUUGACAACAUCACCAAGUUGUCCAUCCCUACAGACAGCAUCUGGGUCCCAGACAUUCUCAUCAAUGAGUUCGUGGACAUGGGGAAGUCUCCAAGUAUUCCGUACGUGUAUGUCCAGCACAAGGGGGAGGUGCAGAACUACAAGCCCUUCCAGGUGGUGACCGCCUGCAGCCUCAACAUCUACAACUUCCCCUUCGACGUACAGAACUGCUCCCUGACCUUCACCAGCUGGCUGCACACCAUCCAAGACAUCAACAUCUCUCUGUGGCGCUUGCCUGACAAAGUGAAGUCUGACAAGAGCAUCUUCAUGAAUCAGGGCGAGUGGGAGUUGUUGGCGGUACUGACCCAGUUUCGGGAGUUCACUAUGGAGAGCAGCGACUGUUAUGCAGAAAUGAAGUUCUACUUGGUCAUCCGCCGGCGGCCCCUCUUCUAUGCCGUCAGCCUUUUGCUGCCCAGUAUCUUCCUUAUGAUCAUGGACAUCGUGGGCUUCUACCUGCCCCCGGACAGUGGUGAGAGGGUCUCCUUCAAAAUCACCCUCCUCCUGGGCUACUCAGUCUUCCUGAUCAUUGUGUCCGACACCCUGCCGGCCACCGCCAUUGGCACGCCCCUCAUUGGUGUCUACUUUGUGGUGUGCAUGGCUCUGCUGGUGAUAAGCUUGGCCGAGACCAUCCUCAUUGUGCGGCUGGUACAUAAGCAAGAUCUGCAGCAGCCGGUGCCUGCCUGGCUGCGGCGUCUGGUCCUGGAGAGAGGCACCUGGCUGAUGUGCCUGGGAGAGUGGCCCACCUCCCACAGGCCCCCAGCUGCCUCCCAGACCCCCAAGACCGAUGACUGCUCAGGCUCUGUUCUUCUUCCAGUUUUGGGAAACCACUGCAACCAUUCGGAGGGACCCCAAGACUUGGAGAAGAGCAUGAGAGGCAGAGGCAGCCCCCCUCCACCUCCUCGGGAAGCCUCCCUGGCUGUGCGCGGGCUGUUGCAGGAGCUAUCCUCCAUCCGGCACUUCCUAGAGAAACGGGAGGAGAUCCGGGAGAUGGCCAGAGAUUGGCUGCAUGUGGGGUCCGUGCUGGACAAGCUGCUCUUCCGCAUCUACCUGCUGGCAGUGCUGGCCUAUAGUAUCACCUUGGUCACUCUCUGGUCGAUCUGGCAUUAUUCCUGA